CCCGGCGGCGGCCGCGGCGGCUCCGCCAGCGCCCAACGGGGCGGCCGGCGCGGGGGGGCCGCCCCCGAAGAGCGAAGGCGAGCGCCCGACCCCCAACGAGAAGAAGAAGGAGAAGGGGAUGAAGAGGGGAGGGAACCGCUUCGAGCCCUACGCCAACCCCGCCAAGAGGUACCGAGCCUUCAUCACCAACAUCCCCUUCGACGUCAAGUGGCAGUCCCUGAAGGACCUGGUCAAAGAGAAAGUUGGUGAGGUAACAUACGUGGAGCUCUUAAUGGACGCUGAAGGAAAGUCAAGGGGAUGCGCGGUGGUUGAGUUCAAGAUGGAGGAGAGCAUGAAGAAGGCUGCUGAGGUUCUGAACAAGCACAGUCUUGGUGGGAGACCCCUGAAAGUGAAAGAAGACCCCGACGGGGAGCACGCCAGGAGGGCCAUGCAGAAGGUGAUGGCAGCAGGAGGGAUGGGCAUCGGGCCCGGCCCUGGCGGCCCUGGCAUGAUCAACAUCCCCCCCAGCAUCCUGAACAACCCCAACAUCCCCAACGAGAUCAUCCACGCCCUGCAGGCCGGCCGCCUCGGCAGCACCGUCUUCGUGGCCAACCUGGACUACAAGGUGGGCUGGAAGAAGCUGAAGGAGGUGUUCAGCAUGGCUGGGGUGGUGGUGCGGGCCGACAUCCUGGAGGACAAGGACGGCAAGAGCCGCGGCAUCGGCACCGUCACCUUCGAGCAGGCCAUCGAGGCCGUGCAGGCCAUCUCGAUGUUCAAUGGGCAGCUGCUCUUUGACAGACCCAUGCACGUCAAAAUGGAUGAACGAGCCUUCCCCAAAGGAGAUUUCUUCCCUCCAGAGCGACCCCAACAACUCCCUCGAAUGGGAAUGGAAGGCAUGGGCUUUGGAAUGAAUAAAAUGGGAGGAAUGGAAGGUCCCUUCGGUGGCAUGGAGAACAUCGGCCGCUUCCCGGGCGGGAUGAACAUGGGCAGGAUGAGCGAGAUGGAUCGUGCCAUGGGAGGGGGAUUUGAGAGGGAGUUUGGAAGAAAUGAGAUGGGAAUGUCCCGGAGUUUUGGAGAGACCCUGGAGAGGGGAAUAGGUGGUGGCAACGCCAGCAUCCCCGGCAUCGAGCGGAUGGCCCCCGGCAUCGAGCGGAUGGGCUCGGGCAUCGAGCGGAUCCCGGCGGGCAUGGGGCACGGGAUGGAGCGGGUGGGCUCGGAGAUAGACAGGAUGGGGCUGGUGCUGGACCGCAUGGGCUCCAACGUGGAGCGCAUGGGCGCGGGCAUGGAGCGCAUGGCCCCGCUGGGCAUCGACCACCUGGCGCCCAACCUGGAGCGCAUGGGGCCGGGCAUCGAGCGCAUGGGGCCGGGCAUCGAGCGCAUGGGCUCCGGCAUCGGCUUCGGCAUCGAGCGCAUGGGCGCCGCCAUCGAGCGCGUGGGCGGCGCCAUGGACAGGAUGGGCUCGGGCGUGGAGCGCAUGGGGGCGGGCAUGGAUAGGAUGGGCAUCGGCCUGGAGCGCAUGGUGCCCGCCGGCAUGGGCACGGGCAUGGGGCAGGUGAUAGAGAGGAUGCCCGCCGGGCUGGAGCGCAUCGGGGGCCCGCCCAUGGACAGGAUCGGGAUAGAGAGGAUGGGAGCCGCCCCCAUGGACAGGAUGGGCCUGGAGCGCAUCGGGGCCACCAACAUGGAGAGGAUGGGGCCGCCCAUGGGGCAGGGCAUGGGGGCGGGCAUGGAGCGCAUGGGGCUGGCCAUGGGCAGCAACUUCGAGCGGCCCAUGGACAUGGAGCGGGGCAACUUCGCAGGGAAUUUUGCAGGGUCCCUGGGAGGAGCCGGAGGCCCUGCGGCCGGCGUGGCCCGGAAAGCCUGUCAGAUAUUUGUGAGAAAUCUGCCUUUUGAUUUUACAUGGAAAAUGCUGAAAGAUAAAUUCAAUGAAUGUGGCCACGUGCUCUACGCCGACAUCAAGAUGGAGAACGGCAAGUCCAAGGGCUGCGGCGUGGUGCGCUUCGAGUCGCCGGAGGUGGCGGAGCGCGCGUGCCGCAUGAUGAACGGGCUGCAGCUGCGCGGCCGCGAGAUCGACGUGCGGAUCGACCGCAACGCCUAGGCCCCGCUGCAGGGCUGCGGCUGCACCGCUGCCAUGCACGGCUGCAGCUGCACCGCUGCCAUGCACGGCUGCAUGGCUGCAGCUGCACUGCUGCAGCGGCACCGCUGCCAUGCACGGCUGCGGCUGCGCCCGCGCCGCCUCCCACUGGAUGUAAAGCUGUUCAGCCCGGCCCGGUUGCUUUCUGGAGUCAUUUUAAGUCCUUUUUUUAACCGAGGGAGCCCCGUUUUACUGGUUUUUUUGCAUUGGAACUGCCAUGUGCACAAUCUUCUUUUGUAGUUGUGGCAUUUCGUUGGCCUGACAGAUGUAAACAGUCUGACUUUGAUAAUAAAUGCCAGUUCAGUA